GUCAUCUUCCAUACCUAAAGACAAAGCAAGAAGAGGCACAGCAAUUGCACAAGCUGCUAAGUUGCGCGCUCGUGGUACAGACGAUUCUAUCAUGGUGACCAUGGACGAGCGAGCACCCUCUUUUUUUGAGAAGUUGGCGGUGAAGGGGAAAAAGGAGCCUCUGGUGCCGAUCGGGGCCUUGGCGACAGUGGGAUUCUUGGUGUCAGGAAUCUACUCUUUCAAGCAGGGCAACAAGCAGCUUUCGCAGAAGCUUAUGAGGGGCCGGGUCGUCGCACAGGGAUUUACGAUCUUGGUAAUGACGGCGGGGUUCUACAUGGCGGGGCCACCGGAGAUGACCAGGCAGACGGUGGAGGGAAAAAUGGAAGCCAUAAGCAAGCAGACCAACCGGUGGUCUGGGGUACCGCCCCCAACCGCCCAGGCCGAAGCGGUAGCAAUAGAGGACGGCCGAAAAUGAAUCUGAUCGUGGAGCGUUUGACUGGGGAAACCCCGUGGUGCCGGUGCCGGCAGAUAUUGUUCAUGUGGUAGGAUAAAGGCGGGGACGUGGCUCAGGAUGCGUUUGUACCUCAGACAUGAUGAACGUUGGCUUUUUUUUUUGUGACUGCACACCGGGGCAUUGUUUCUCCUUCCCUGGCGUGAUUUGUUUUUGGACAACGGACGCGCGUUUAGGCGGCGCUCUGACUGAGGAAACCCGGUAGUGCCCGUGCACGCGGAUCUUGUUUGUGUGGUAGAUUUUUGGAUAGCGGCGGGGACUCUGCUCAGGAUGUCCUUGUACCUCAGGCAUGGUGGACACUGGGUUUUCUUGUUCUUGUGGUGGCGCACCGGGCUAUUGCUUCGUUCUUCCCUGGCGUAACUUGUUUUGGACAACGGACGGGCGUGUUGGUGGCAUCUCGUCUCGUUGUAACCGCAGUGUGUGUGUGUGCGCGCGUUUUUUGUUGUUUCGCCGGCGAGUGGACCCUCGCAUCGUUCAUGCAUGCAGGUGCCAAAGCUGUGCGGUGUUAAAU